CAGUUUCGUCAAUUUGCCUUUGUGUUUCUCGCGUGCAGACGCGUUUUCGUUUUUCUCCGCCGCUUUCCUUUAAAUUUGAAACAAAAACUAGAAAAGAGUGCUCUGAAUUGAAACGCUAAUAAAAUAUCAAUAAAAGUGUGUGUUUAUUAAAGCACAAAUGCAGCCAGCUACAGUGAAGCCUGGGAAAUGGAUGUUGGCAAUGCACGUGCUCAGAACAACGGAUGCAAAGGGAAUGACCGCGCACAAAUAACACUAGCACAACUACAGUGAACACCGCCGCAGCACACACCAAACACAGAAACUUAAAUUUUCAAAAAUAUAGAACAAACAUCAAUUUAAAUCAAGCCAACAAAGCACAAAACAUUAAAAGCGUCAAACAAACAAAAUACGUCAUCGUAACACUUGUGAAAUCUCCAGCGGAAAUUGAAAACCCAAAUAUCCCAGAAACACAGUCAUAAAACAAAGCCAUGUUUAAUUUCCAUAAGCCGCGCGUUUACCGCUCUGCGGAUGGAUGUUGCAUUUGCCGGGCCAAAUCGAGCAGCUCGCGAUUCACCGCCUCCCGGAAGUACGAAAAGGAGUCGAUGCAGUGCUUCAAUCUCCACGAGCCGCGAAAUGGCGAAAUCUGCAACGCCUGCGUCCUUCUGGUCAAGCGCUACAAGCGACUGCCUAUCGGUAGCAAGCGCCACUGGGGUCAUGUGGUGGAUGCCCGUGCUGGACCCGGCACCAAGUCCAUGGCCAAACAAAAGAAGCGCGACAACGCAGACGCGGAGGGCAGGGCCGCCAAUGGUAGUGGCAACUCAUUCCUGCCCGAGAAGUUCGCCAAGAUCUUCAAGAAGAACCGCAAGGGCAAGGUCACAGCGGCGACUGAAGCAGCAGCAUCAUCAUCUUCAUCAUCAUCGUCCAGUGCUAUCAAUCGACCCAGCAGCACCUCACCUACCUCCGAUCAUCAGCCCAGCGACUCGAACGAGAGCUACGAUGAUGAGCAGAUGCCAGGAAAUGCCCCAUAUCAAACGCGUAAGCGAACGGCGGCUGCUGCUCUGGCCACGUCCAACGGCUCGGAGGCCAACAAACGUCCGAAGCUAACUGGCAGCAACCGACGCCGUCAGCUGGCGCCACAAAAGAAUCGUCGGGCCGUCGACAACGUGCCCUUUUUCGAAGAAAGUGAUCUCGUUCGCCUGGAGGUCUGUUGCGGUGUGGUCUUCCAGAGCCUAUCCCUCGGCAGCAGUUGCUACAUCAUCGAUCCGGAGCUGUACAAACCGUGUGAGAAGCACCAGCGCCUACGCCACCAGCAGAUGCAGCUUCAGCUGCAGCAGCAACAGCAGCAACAUCUUCUCGAGCAGCAGCAGGCGGUGGCGAUGAAUGACACACCCACUCCCAAUUCAUCGCCACUCACCACUCAAGUUCAAAGCCAGGGGCCAAAGAUUGGGCCACUCAAGAAGCAUCAUUUGUUCUGCAAGCGACAAUCGGAGUCAUUUCCGCAAGGUGAUAUCCAUAGCAUAAGUCCAAUUCCAAUGAGCAAGACUGAAACGAACGGCCAGCCACUGUCGCCGAAGCCACAUUCCAAUCUGUCGCUGAUCCUCAAGCCCACCGGCCAAACCCAAGCACAAUCACAGCCGCAGUCGCAUGCUCAAGUGGUUUCCGUGGGCGCUGCCUCGCCCUCGUCGCUGUCCUCCUUGUCCAACUGCUCCACCUCGUCCUCGGUGGCCACCAAGUUCAACGACAACUCCUCGGAUUCGGGAUUCGAUGAGCAUGUGCUGGAGCGCAAGUCGGUUAGCCCACCAACGCAGGACGAGUGGAAACUGCGCGGAGCCACGGGUGGCAUGCAGCUAAUCCUAGCCAGCGGUCUGCCUCUGGCGGGACAGCCUCAGAAUCUGGUGCUGGCUGGCAAUGAGUUUACGGCACGUAUUGUGCAGCAAAGAGAAGCCGGAGCAGGAGCUCCAUCGGUAGCAGCAGCCCCACUCAAAAUCAACGUACUUGGCGGAUCUCAGGGCAAUUGCAAUAAAAUGCGUGCUAUAUUCAAUAGCGCCAGCAGCAUUCAACAUGAGAACGGGGUGACCACCAUAGUGCCAGCCUCCUCGUUGGCAGCCAGCAAUCAAACAGCUGCCAUGAACGCCAUUGCGCCCAGCACGGUGACCAUAACACCGUCAUCGGUGGGCAAAAAGGUGGCGGUGCAAAAUCCCAAGUUUAUUCUGCUGAAGCCAGCGAAAUUUGUGGGACCAGCGGCAACCUCGGCGACGGCAACCGCGACUCUGACGGCGGAGCCACCUGCUCCACCUCCUCCAGAAGCCAAAAUCGCAUAAGCGAUUGAAUACGAAAGAGAGAGAGAUAGAUAGGAGAUGCCUAGCGUCUCGCAGGGAACGACUCCCUGUUACGUUUGUUAUAAACUAAGCUAUUUAACGGCGCCAGAAAGCCAAGCUCCCUUCCUUAUCUAUAUAUAUAUAUAUGCAUACAUAUAUAUAUAUAUUUAUUUUUUUUGUACCUUUUAUUUUUUUUAUCUCAACGUUCAGAGAAGGGCUGCCCCAUAUUUAUUCUGAGAUGUGCCCCCAAAGCAGUUCAUAGUGUACAUAAUACUUGUAUCCAUCCUACCCUACAAGCAUUUUUUUGUAGAAUACUCAGCCGAAGCCGCAGCUCCCAUAUCAGUCUACCGUAAUACUUAACAUUUCAAGGAACACCCAAACCUAGACGUUAGUUUAUGUAAAUACGAUUUAAGCCAGCCUAACGACUUGUUUCUGUCUAAUUGCCCAACUUAGUCAUCGUCAGCAGUUCGUGAGUUACCAUGUUGAGCGGGAUAAAGCGGAUCGCAGGCCGGGGAGCAUUUUUAAAACCAAUCAACUUACUAGUUGGACGUGUAGUAGUUUCAGUGCCCUAGUAGUCUGUAGUUGAACGCCAAGUUCGCUCCUACCCACCGCCGCUGGAAGAUCAUAGCCGGCGGAUGGGGCGAAUGAAUCCACCCAAAACCAUACAAAUUGUAGCCUUAGGAAUGCCUGCACAAACAAAAACCACUAUUUGUGUGUUACGAGAACAUGUUUUUUUAAAACUAAAUACAAAUAAAAUAUUUGAAAAUA